AGCUACCGCUAAAGCAGCAGACGAAGAAGAAGCCUCAGUAGCCAUUAUGUAGAAUGUAGAACUCUUCGGUCUGAAAACAGAUUGUUCUCCCCUAGAAACAGAGACCCUGCACCGGGGAGACCAGCACCGCCAACAGGACGUCUAUAAACCCCACCCGAGGAAGUGUGUGUGUUGUUUUUAAAGACGAUGAGGCAGCCACACACACACCGGAUGUGUCCUCUGAGGAAAGAGAUAAAAUGAAAGGUAAAGGAGCCGAGUUGUGCUCCAUGGAGGCUGGAAACAGUGAGGUGAUUCUGUGUGAUCCUAACGACUGUGUGGACAAGAAAACGGACCAUGUUUUCAACCUGCUGUCCCUGAACGACACCGUGAACAACCAGCACCAUCACACCGUGGAAGACGUGGUUCUCACAAACAAAUAUGGCGAUAAGAUCUGCGGUCAGAUCUGCACGGAAAACAACGAGAGUAAACUGGUCAGGGGGGUGACGUCACAUGCAUUGAUUUCAGGCACUUCUUCUUCGUCAUCUUCUUCAUCGUCUUCUUCUUGUGAAGCCAUGGACACCUCGGGGUUUAUUUCAGGGCUGCAGCAGGAGGGUGUAAACACGGCCUCGUCCACUGGUCCUGGAUCUGCUGCUGCUGGGGAAACCUUCUCCGGAACCAUCACCAUAAACAACCAAAGCAUCAUAGUGACUAUAGAGAACGGGAUUCUCACUCUGGCUGCCCCCCCGGAGGGAUAUGUGCACAAGGAGGACGACAUGGUGAGUUUAAAGGAGCACCUGGGCAUGAAGGACCAUGAGGAUAUUGUGCUGCUGAACUACGACAGUGGCACUAAGUCCAUUGGGAAAAUCAGCACCUUAGCAGUGACCAAUCAGCAGGAAGAACCCAGAGCUGGUUUGUCUGUCAGUGAGUCCGAUCUGGCUCUGGUGGAUGAUUGCUCUCUAUCAGAUCAUGGCACUUCUUUGGCUGCUAUUGUGAAGCAGGAGGCAGGGGGUGUGUGUGCUGUCACUGAGGCAGAUCUGGUCAACCCGUGCCCUAAAAACUCACUCACAGACUGUGAUAAUGCUGAUUUCCAGUCGUUACCCCUCAUCAGGUCCAAAAAAGACACGUUGGUGCCCAUUGGGUGUCCUGAACCGGGCUGCGCUUUCACGUUUGAUUCACGACAGAAACUGAAAGUGCAUCUUCUGAACCACGCAGAGGACCCGAGGCCGUAUCAGUGCACGGUGCAGGGCUGUGGGUGGGCUUUCGGCACUUCUUACAAACUAAAAAGGCACCUCCAGUCCCAUGACAAGCAGAGGCCGCACACCUGUCAGUUUGAAGGCUGCGGGCGGCGGUUCACCACCGUCUACAACCUGAAGGCUCACGUUAAGGUUCACGAACAGGACAACGCCUUCACCUGUGAGAUCUGCAGCGAGAGGUUUCGCAGCGCCACGCGACUCACCAACCACCAGAGGGUCCACUUCGAGCCCCAGAGACCCCACAAGUGUGAAUUCCCAGGCUGUGAGAAAACCUUCAUCACCUUCAGCGCUCUGUUCUCCCACAACCGCACUCACUUCAGAGAGACGGGACACUUCACCUGCUCCUUCCCCGGCUGCGACAAGACGUACGACAAGGCCUGCCGCCUCAAGAUCCACAUGAGGAGUCACACGGGUGAGAGACCGUUUGUAUGUGACUCUGGAGGCUGUGGCUGGUCCUUCACCAGCAUGUCCAAACUGCUCCGACAUAAACGGUAA